AAAAUUGUACUUGGACACUGACAGAGCGAGCUGUGGGACAGUAAGAACAAAGGGGUGUUCUUACACCUGGAAAAGACUAUAUAAGGCUGGUGCCUCAUCUCCAUUGGGUCUUCAAUCCUGCUUCACACCUCUGGAGGAACUUUGCUACAAGCUGAAGCUUUGAACAAAGGACUGAGGACCCAUCCCAGCGGGGGAUGUAUUCCAGAGACUUGAUUGGAACCUGCAGUUUAUUCUAUCGCUGCUGCAAGCCUGAACCAAGAAUUUUGCCUUUACUUUCUCCAACAGAGUUUGGCUUUAGCCCGAGCCCAGGAGGAGGGGCGAUCGGUCAACUGGAGCCCGGCCUGUCACCCGCUGCAUUAUGGGAAAUGCAAAUAAUAAAGGGCCAAUCCCACUCCCCUCCUCAAAGCCAACUCCAGAGGGGAUGGUGAAGCGACUCCAGGAGGACGUCACCUGCUCCAUCUGCCUGGACAUCUUGGAGGACCCCGUCUCCAUCGAGUGCGGCCACAACUUCUGCCGGGGCUGCCUCUCUGCUCACUGGAGCGGGGUCUUAGCCUGGGAGUCCCAGUGCCCCGAGUGCCGGGCUCCCUGCUCCAGGGACAGGAUGACCCCAGACACACGCGUCAAAAGCCUGGUGGAGAAAAUCAGAGACCUGCCACGCGAAGAGACGCUGACAGCAACAGGGACAGUGAGCCCUGAGCAGGGGCCGGGGGCUCAGCUGGGAUCAGGGCGCCCGGUGCAGCUGGUGCGUCCGGACGAGGAAGGGGGCCUGACCCUGGACAAGGAGGCCCUGAGCCGCUGCCUGGAGCAGGGUGGGGUGGGGGACGCCCCCGUCUGCCUGGUGUCCAUCAUCGGGGAGCAGCGCCGGGGCAAAUCCUUCCUGCUGAACUACCUGCUCCGCCGGCUCCGGAGCCCGGAUGUGAAGGACGGAUCCUGGAUGGGCCGGGAGGAGGAGCCCUUGGAGGGGUUCGAGUGGCGAGUUGGCACCCGCAGCGUCACCAAGGGGGUGUGGGUGUGGAGUCAGCCCUUCUGGGUCCCCACCGAGUGGGGGAAGGUGGCCGUGCUGCUGGUCGACACCGAGGGCUCCAUGGACAUUGUCAGAGACACGGAGACCAGCGUCAAACUCUCCGCCCUCUCCAUGCUGCUUGGCUCCUACCAGAUCCUGAAUGUUUCCAGCCAGAUAAAGGACCCUGAUCUAGCAUAUCUGGAGAUGUUUCUGCACGUGGCCGAAGAGGUGGGAAAGGAAUACGGGCUGAAGUCCAUUCAGCACCUAGACCUGCUGGUGCGGGAUUGGAGCAACUCGACGGUCCUUGGAAGUGACGGUGGGAAGGAGCAUCUGAGAGACGUCCGACAGAUGCUGGCGGCGAGGUCCCCUUGCAAACACCCCAAGGCCCUGGAAGCGCUGAGCAGAAGCAGCACCCGCUGUUACCUGAUGCCCUUCCCCGGCAGGCGGAUCAUGACUGGGAGCCAGGGAAGCCUGAGAGACAUGGAUGAGGAUUUCCAGGACAGCCUGAGGGACUACGUCACCACCCUGGUGGGCUCGGCCGGUCAACACGUGUGGAGAGACCGACAUGGGGCGUUGCUUACCGGGACACAGCUCGCUGCUCGGAUAACGAAAUUCUCUGAUCUGAUGAAGAAACAUCACUGUGGCUUCUCCUCUCCCGCUCAGAUGGCCAUCACCUUCCACAACCAGAGAGUCAUGGACAGGGCCAGCGCAGACCAUGCUCUAUUUCUGAAGGAGAAGGACGGCGACUCCCGGAACGCAAUCACCUGCCUGAAGGUGCGGCCGAGCAAGAUGGUGGAGCUGUUUGCGGAGCGGCGCGGGCACUUGCUGCGGCGGUGCCGGACCGGCAUGCGGGAGCCGGUGCCGGAGACAGAGGCCCGGCUGACAGAGCUGGAGGAGGAUCUGACACAGGAGGCUGAGACCUUCCUGGAGACCUACAGGAAGCGCUUCAAGAAAUUGGCCAUUUUGGCAGGCGUGGGUGCGGGGGUGCUGGUCCUGGCACCGGUGGGCGGAGCUGUCGGUGCCGGGAUCGGUGCUGGGAUCGCCGCUGCUGCCAUCGCCGCUGAGGCGGCUGUGGCCAUUGGGGCUGGGACGGGCGCCGCGGCCGGUAUCGUCGUGGGUGGGGGCGUGGGCGGGGGAGUUGGUGGCAACAUCGCCCGGAGGGAUAGGCAGAGGGCUGAGGCUGCUGGUGGUGGGAGGGAGGAGGGGGACGGAACUGAGGAUCUAUCCGACGACAAACCCCUGAUCUGA